AUGUAUUCAACUCAGGCUCUGAAUAUCCAUUUCCAGCCAUCUAUCUUCGAUUUUGACCUAAAGAAAGUACAUGCUGCAGUGGGACAUAUAUCACUGAAUGUUGGUGAAGGUUCUUCUUUACCUUUUAUGUAUUUCUUGUCCGAGGAAGAGAUAGAAGAGAUUGCUUUCAGGUUGGAGCUAAGCCAAGCAAAUUUCAUCUGGGCUUUAAGAUGUCCAAAAGGUGAGGAAAGAAGGCUUGAAGAGAUUCUACCUGAUGGCAUAGAAUCUGGUGUCCCCAUAGUAGCCAAACCAAUGGCUUUUGAACAGAACCUUAAUGGUGGUCUGCUGGUGGAAAAUGAUGUAGCUAUGGAAGUUAUGAGAGAAUCUCUCAAGCCAGACUUGGUGAUCUACGAUAAAGCAUUCGCUCGGUUUUCAGUAAGUCCUUUGUACACCUUUCCAUCCGUUUGGCUCCAUAUUGUUAGCGCUGCAUCUUUGUCAUACACAUUUCAUUUGACAUCCAACUCUGGCACCGAAUAUCCAUUUCUAGCCAUCUAUCUUCGAGAUUUCGAGUUACGCAGACUUCUUACUGCAAUUGGACGCAAUGCUUUGGACGCCUGUGACGAUUCUCCCAUUCCUUUACUAGUUAAUACUUGUAGAGCCAUGGAAGGGAAGUACUUGGAUCAUCAUGCUAGUUCGACGAACCUGAAAGUUCUCCCUGUUGGUCCAUUAAUUCCCAGUAGUCCUAAUUCCACUGGUGAAUCAGGUGACGACGAUAUUGAGCUCAUGAAUUGGCUUGGGCAGAAAAGUGAACAUUCAACUGUUUUUGCUUCCUUUGGCACAAUGUAUUUCUUGUCAAAGGAAGAGAUAAAAGAGAUAGCUUUCAGUUUAGAGCUGAGCAAUGUAAAUUUCAUCUGGGCUUUGGGAUCUCCAAAAGGUGAGGAACGCAGGCUUGAAGAGAUCUUACCAGAGGGUUUUCUUGGAAGAGUGAAAGAUAAAGGGAGAAUUGUUCAAGGAUGGCUACCGCAGCCCAUUACUGGUAGGGUGUUGGUGGAAAAUGGUGUGGCUAUUGAAGUUGUGAGAGAUGAAAAUGGUAGACUUCAGAGGGAAGAGAUGGCAAAAGUGAUCAAGGAGGUUGUAUUUGGGGGUGCAGGCGAAACCAUGAGGCAGAAAAUUAAAGAUUUGAGGAAGAAGAUCAAAUCAGAAGAAAAAGAGAACCUGGAUGGACUCUUAACAUUGAUUAUCCAACUUUCCAAGAAAAAUUCAAGUCACGGUAUCAAUAUUGCAAGAGCAUAG